AUGGCUUCCUUUCUCCCUGUCAACAACUCGGCCCCUGAAGACCACGCGAUGGAUGGAGAAGCUACACCCCGUGCGAUCCCAAAUGGCGUGCCGGUCACACAGGACGUAUCUUCGACGGAGCAGUUUCCAGACGGAGUUUCACACCACAGCCGCGGUAGCGACGCUUCAUCCCGCACAACCUUGACCCACGCUCGAACCCCGUCAACGUCUGACGAACAGAUGCACGAUUCCGAGGGAGAACAAGACGAUUCCGAUCACGAUCACGAUCACGAUCAGAACAUAGGGAGUAACGGACCCCCCUCGAAAAAGAAGAAAGGCCAACGAUUCUUCUGCACUUCCUUCCCUCCUUGCAAUUUGAGCUUUACCCGGAGUGAACAUCUGGCUCGCCAUAUUCGGAAACACACCGGUGAACGUCCCUUCCAGUGCCACUGCUCUCGGCGGUUUUCCCGACUCGACAACCUCCGCCAGCAUGCUCAAACGGUCCAUGUCAACGAGGAAAUUCCCGGGGAUUCGCUGGCGGCCACGGGCACACGGUUCCAGCGUCAGGUCCGUACAGAUCGAGUGCGGCCACCAGGCCGGGCGCGGGCAGGCACCGCAGGCAGUAUUGGCGGCCAUAGCCGAGGUCACAGCAGGAACUUGUCAACUUCGAGUAUUGCGUCCACCACUUCGACAUUCAGCCAACCUCCGGAGCUUCGGCGGCGCCCUCCGCCUUUGAUCAUGGCCAAUGACCCCGCAGCUCGAUCCCGACUGGCAAUGGAUUCCAUGGGAGAGCCUCCGAGUACACCCCCAGCCCAGAUCCGUGGCGCCCCUGGUCCCUCGACAGCUGGAUCACCAUACACCCCCUCCAAUAUGUUUGCUGCUACUGGUGGAAGUCCCCAAUAUGCUUCGCCGAUGUCUGGCACAACACAUGGGUUCUGGGAAGGAAAGACAGCCGCCCGUCGUCUUUCAGUGCCCACCAGCAGCAACCCUUUCCUCGCACAGCACGGCAACACAUAUCCUCCGGCAUAUCACACUCCCGCCGGCGCACCUUAUCCAAAUGCCGCUGGCGUGUUUGCAAGCCCCACUAGCACACAUUACUCUGUAUCCCGUGAUGAGGGCACCUUAAGCGCGGCUGAGGCGGAGAUGCGAAGGAGAACAUGGCACCCUUCGUCGUACACAGGGUUUCCACGUCCUGGGACUAGUGGCUUGAAUCAAUAUCAUACACCCGACAAUGUCCCGGCCUCAUUCGGCGCGAACGGUACGGCCGAGCAUCCGCCCCGACUCCCCGGGAUUGAGAGUUUCGACAAAGUAGUCCAACGGCCGAUGACCCCACCCACCAGGAAAGCCAGCCCAAUGCAGCUUGAUGGCCACCAUCGUCCACCACCCAACCCAGGCUUUGGAUCUGGGUUCAAUUACACACAGCCAGCCCACCGUCCACCACCUCCCAUCUCCGGCCCUGGUCACCGACGAGGCCAUGUAUCCUGGGAUAUGUCUUUGCAUCAUAACUUGACCGGACUGGAUAUCCGAGACCGACGUCCAUCCACUGCAUCCGCUUCUCAAUGGAGUCAACAAACACUUGCGGACCUCCAAAACGUCUCCUCCCGCCCAUCGACCUCUUACCAGCCUGCAUUUGGCCCAACUGCCGAAAGAAGCCCUGAAGAGUAUCGGGGACAUCGCCCAAGCCUUUCCACGGGCAGCCGCACGCGAACUUCCCCCGAGGAUUCCAGUAGCAGCGAGGGUGUACAUACCCCAUCCACUGCAUCACUCGAGUAUCAUCCCGCGAUUGUGCACAGCAGCGGAUAUAUCGAAUCUCAUGAUUCCUCACUGCCUUCCGAUCACCCUCCACCGAUCUGUGGCCGUGAGUCCUCCCACGCGCGCGGCUACGAAGCCCACAACGACCGGGAGCCCAGGCCUGAUGUCUUCUCGGACUCUCCUGCCCGAAAUUCGGGCAUGGGUCGCCUGGAGGCUCUUGUCGCCGUCGCUACAAGCGAGAACAAAGGAGCAGCCAAGCUAUUUCUGUAA